UGCCACAACCGCUACUAAAAAAAAGAACCAAACCACAGUCAAGAUAUUUGAGUUGCAGAAAAGAUGCAGACCAAAGACAGCAGUCCACCAGAUGGUGGCUAUGGAUGGGUUGUGGUAGUGUCAGCAUUCAUAGUGAUGGGCCUCACUGCUGCUGUCCUCAAGACUUUUGGUCUCUUCUUUGCUGAAAUCCAGGAGCACUUUGAUGAACUUGCAAGCACCAUUUCUUGGAUCACAUCGAUAACGAUUGCCACCUUUCAUUUAGGAGGACUUGGGAUUUCCUUUUCAUGGACACCAGCCAUCAGCAUUGUUAGCCAUUAUUUUUCCAAGAGAAGAGCUCUGGCCAAUGCUAUUGCCAGUGCUGGAGAAUGUGUGUUUGCAUUUACAUUUGGGCCAUUUUUCCAGUGGCUGAUUGGUCAAUAUGGAUGGAAAGGUGCCCUCUUGAUCAUAGGUGGCACCCAACUCAACAUCUGUGUCUGUGGAAUACUGAUGCGACCCCUGACAAGCAGCUACCACCCUGAGGUGAGCCAUCCUGAACCACCACCUGGCAGUGGUGCAUCUAAGACAGACAAAGAAGGGAAGUCUACCAUCACACACAGAACCUUCAACUGGAUGCUUUUGAGGAGAGCAGAAUUUGUGCUUUAUGCCAUGUUUGGCAUACUAGCUGCAAUGAGUUUCUUUGUUCCUCCGUUAUUUUUAGUUCCACUUAGCUACAGCCUGGGAAUAGAAACUAUUCACUUACUGACAAUGACAAUUACCUUGAUCAGUACUUCCUUGAUGCUUCUGCCACUGGCUAACAACUACCUGUCCUUGGCAAUAUUCACUGGCUUCUAUGGAUUCUUCUUUGGCACAACAGUUGCUGUUCACAUUACAGUGCUAGCAGAAGUUGUGGGCAUGUCAGAUUUCGACAGUGCUUUAGGGCUUUUCAUGCUUAUUCGAAGCAUCGGAGGAUUUUUGGGGCCUCCUCUUGCUGGUCUGAUUGUGGACAUGGCUGGAGACUACAGAGCAGGCUUCUACAUGGCAGGAGCCACUCUCAUCCUAGCAGCUGUAUUUUUAGUUGUUUUAGAUCAAUUUCAACAAAGAAGUGAAAAAGGAAACCAUACCGGUACUAAAUCAGAAAAAUCAUCAUUACCUUACACUUCCUUCCAUUUUCUGAAACUUCAGAAAAGAAGGUACCAAGACCAUAAUGUAGCAGUGUGA